GAACUGUGCCAAAUUCAACCUACCACUGUGCUGAGUCUGGCGUUGAGACCACUCCAAUCCGAACCACUGUUUGAAGAUGAGAUAGAACGAAGCCUUGGCGUCCUCGAUCGUGGCAUGGGGUCCCUUCAACUGGUAGUCCUUCUCACCCCAACGGAUGUAGAUGUAGUAAACCUUAGCCUUGCUGUCAUAGAUCAGUUGGAUAAUAUGGAUCACACCACUGCUCUUGUCUACAAGAACCGAGUCGUAGACUUCAUCAUCAUAAUAGACGUAAGAAGUCUUGGCAAUGGGGCAGAGUUCAUCUACUUUAGCCUUGCGAGUAGUAAGGACUUGGAAAGUACGCUUCCAGACGCCACCGACCUGAGUCAAGGCUCCAGUAGCAGCAGUCGCAGCUUCGGAAGGAAUGCGACGGAACCACGAAGUCUCCUUCGAGACAGCAGGUUGAGCAACAACACCGGUUUGCUGAAUUGUGAUGAUCUCCUUGGUAAUCUCCUCUUCAUCAAGGACGGGAACAUCCUCCUUCUGGGCGGUUGUCGUGGUGGUCGUAGUCGUAGUCGUAGUCGUAGUCUGGGCUUCGAUGGCAUUGUCUUUCGUAACCUUGGCUUCCUGCUCGCGCACAAUGGUUACCUGAGUCUCAGUUUCAUCCACCACCUGUUCAAUAACCUCAGUUUCUUCAAUGGUCUCAUACUCUGUCUUCACAUAGAUGAAUCGACCUAUAGAAGCAUGCAGGAUACAGUUAGUCAGAAAUGAACUCACCCAAUAGUGUCAGUCCCCUGAAAACUUGAAGAAAAUUAAUCAGUGUUUGAUAUUAAAAC